GCCACACCCUUCAGGAAUACAAAAAUUAGAAAAUGGAACAACCAUAUAUGUUAUGUGACGAAGAUCAAGAGCCAGAACCACAGAAGAAUGUAAAAGAAACCAAGCAAGUAGAUGAUGAAGAUGCUGAGCUAAUCUUUGUUGGGGUGGAACAUGUAAAUGAAGAUGCUGAGCUUAUCUUUGUCGGGAUGACUUCAAAUUCCAAACCAGUUGUUUCAAACAUUUUGAACAGAGUCACCCCAGGUUCAUGUUCAAGGAGAAAAAAGUAUGGUCGCCUUAGAAAAGAUACUGCUCACAAAUUGCAGCCUACAAGUCAUGUGAUGCCUGCAUCGGGAGCAGUGACUGUCUUGCCAGCUUCUCAGCCUGAAUCAAGAUCCACAGAUAGUCCUAUUAUUAUUGAGCCUUUGUCUAAAUCCGAUUGUAAAAAUAGUUCACCACAAGUCGUGCCUAAUAGCUCUUCAGAGUUAUGUCCUCCCUUGAUUACAUGCACAAGCUCAUUGCAUCAUCCAGUAAGAGAAGCACUUUCAGCAGAAGGUAUGAAUGAAAGUCCAUGUGUAUCAAAGCGACUUUCCACUUCUGAAGUAAACGGCAUAAGUCCCAAAAGGGCUAAACUCAGGGAUGGAAUCACAGAGGGAGAUUCUUCAGCUGUGUCCCCUUCAGGUAUCUUUCAUACAGUGAAUACUCAGCAAAGUACACCCUCAGACAAUGUUCAUACCUCAUUAAGCCACAUUCAGAAUGGAGUCCCUGUCUGUGGCCACCCCGCCCUGACCACGCCGGAUCCCAUCUGCCCUCAGAAUGGAGUCUCUUUUCCAACAGCUUUUCCAAAGGACAGUGUGCAUUGCAAGCCUACAAAUGCAGAUCUUGAUAGGGAAAAAGGAUUGGCACAAACAGACUUUUCAGCUCUAGCAACUCAAAACCAGACCCUUGAUCCCAAGAAAAGAAAUCUGAUCAUGUUACUUAGUGACUUUUACUACGGACAGCAUAAAGGAGAUGGGACGCCAGAGCAGAAGACUCACACAACCUUUAAAUGCCUCAGCUGCUUGAAAGUUCUAAAAAAUGUUAAGUUUAUGAAUCACGUGAAGCACCAUUUGGAACUCGAGAGGCAGAGGAGUGACAGCUGGGAAAACCACACCACCUGCCAGCACUGCCACCGGCAGUUUCCCACUCCCUUCCAGCUGCAGUGUCAUAUUGAAAGUGUGCACACUACCCAGGAGCCCGCAGCUGUCUGUAAAAUCUGUGAACUGUCAUUUGAAACAGAUCAGGUCCUCCUACAACACAUGAAGGACAAUCAUAAGCCUGGGGAAAUGCCCUACGUGUGCCAGAUUUGCAAUUACAGAUCGUCGGCUUUUGCUGAUGUGGAAGCACAUUUUAGAACGUGCCAUGAAAACACUAAACUUUGCUUUGUCCGUUUUGUCUCAAAAUUUUCAAAACUGCAACACCAUACAUGUGUCAUUAUAGGGGGCACUGGGAAAAGAGCAUACACCAGUGUUCUAAGUGCCGGCUACAGUUUCUAACCUUCAAGGAGAAAAUGGAGCACAAGACCCAGUGUCAUCAAAUGUUUAAGAAGCCUAAGCAACUAGAAGGUUUGCCUCCUGAAACAAAAGUUGUUAUUCAAGUGUCCCUGGAACCUCUUCAGUCAGAAACAGUGGAAAUAGCAUCCAUUACUGUGAGCACAUCUGACUCUGAACCAUCACCUCCCAGCUCUAAAAGUAGAAUUUCAAAAAAACCCCCCAUUAAUGCUACUUGCAGUAAAUCUAAAAUAUUUCAAACCAAAUAAAACUAGCCCAUAAAAACAAAAAA